AUGUUUACGACGAGUAUAUUAACGCUUUUGGCCAUCACGACGAGUGUUUUGGUGCAGGCGCAUACGGUCAUUACAUAUCCGGGAUGGAGAGGUGAUAAUUUGAUUACGAAUGAGACGUUUCCUUAUGGAAUGCAGUGGAUGUAUCCUUGCGGCGGCAUGCGCACCACCACCAACCGCACUCUCUGGCCCAUUUACGGCGGCGCCAUCGCCGUUCAACCCGGCUGGUUUCAAGGCCACGCUACCGCCUUCUUCUACUUUAAUCUCGGAUUCGGUACCGAUGGUCCCGACAACGGCCCCCCCAACAUGUCUUUCCCCAUGACAUCCGUCACGCAAAUCGUCGGCCCGAGUAAAAAUCCCUACCCAGGAACCUUCUGUUUACCACAAAUUCCCUUGCCCGCGAAUACGACGGUCAACGUGGGAGAUAAUGCGACGAUUCAGGUUGUGGAGUUGGCGAUUCAUGGGGCUGCUUUGUAUUCUUGCGUAGACAUAACCUUCGCGCUCCCCGAAGACGUCGCCGAAGUAAACAGCUCCAACUGUUUCAACUCCUCCGACCUCUCUUUCGCAAACGUCUACACCAUCAACGAUGCCUCUGAUCCUGGCACCUCCUCCAAAUCUACAUCCACAUCCGCCUCCACAGUCACCUCUCCUUCCCGCUCGCUCUGGGCGGCGAGUCUCGCGAGCGUGCUGGGUGUUGCGAUGUGGGGUUUCUUGUGA